AUGAUUGAAUUAGCCGAUCGAAACUUGCUUCAUGAAAACUAUGAUAAUAUUGAUUUAGACGCGCUUUUAGGACCUGUUUAUUCAACAAGAGGAAUAAAACGAAAUAGUCAGGAAGUAACAUUAGAUACCGAUGAUAGCGAUUUCGAAGCCAAUAAUAAUGAACAAGACGAACUCUGGCAAUUAAAGCCAAGUUCCUCUACUAGAAAAAAACAAAAGAAAAAUAAUGUUGAUUUUCAAAAAGAAGAACUGUUAAGAAAGUUUCUUCAUAUUAAGGAUGAAUAUCACAUUACAGAUUCAGCUAUUAAAGCUAUGCAUAAGUUUUUUAAAGAAACAAAAGAAUCAUUUUAUUCAAUGGCAGAAAUUGAGCGAGUGCGAAAAAAGUCGAAUCAGAAUAUUCCGAUAAAAUAUAGUAAAGAUUCAGCGUAUGUUCCGUUUGAAUUUGCUCUGAGAGCUGCCAUUUUCGUUGCUGUUAAAUUUCGGCCUGAUCUUUUAAAACUGAAUCAUCUUUCAUUUCGUUUAAAUAUGGAUGGUACUCUUAUGGGUAAUAAACAUGUAGUUGCUCUAUCUGUUAAUUGCGUUGACGGAGGACCCUCCUGUCAGACAGCUAGAAGGCUUGUGCCUGUUGGUAUUUUUGAGAUACAAAAGGAAUCUAAUGAAUUAUUGCGAAAAACUCUACCGAAAGAUUUUCUCGAUUCUAUUCAGUCAGUGAAACAAUUACAGAUCAAUCAAAAAAAGAGUGUUACAGUGAAAAUUCGAUUAGGAGGCGAUUAUCAAAAUGCAGUAUAUGUAUUCGGUUUAGCAGGUAUUCAUAGCAAUUAUCCCUGUGUUUUUUGUACUCAGAAUAAAGCUUAUUUACAUGUCACAGAGAAAAAUACAGUAUGUGAAGAAGAAGUGUGGGUAGGAUCAGGGAAAAAUAGGAAAAAACAAAAACAAAAAAAAAUUGUAAAUCCUACUUCAGUAUACGAUCCCACGUUAGGUGCUCGAACACUUGCAGAAAAAAGUGAUUGUUUAAAACGACGAGAAACAAAUCGAUCAAAUAAUGAAUUAGGCUAUCAGUCGGAGCCUCUUUUUGGAAAUUUAUUUGAGUUUAGUGAUUAUGUACUUGAUAUUCUUCAUAUGCGAUUACGGAUUUUCGAUAUAAUUUUAAAAGAUAUUUUAAGUGAAACAUCACGAACAGGAGAAUAUGAGCCAGUGCAUACGAAAAAACUUGAAGAAAAAAAUCGAAGUUCUCAACAAACAUGCGUCUAA